AUGUUGCAUGGAUGUCUCAUCAAAACCGAGUUCAUGAGACUUCGACUCCUUCUGGCCGUGCUGGUGGCACUGGUUGCGCUCUGCUGGACUUUGUCCAUCUCUCCCUUCCUCUGGGGCGUAGUUGUGGGGGCCUUCGUCGCCUACUGCUGCCUCCGCUCCUACGCCCUCCUCAUGGACUACCUCUACUGCACCCGUGACAGCGGCUACGGCUGUUGUAAUACCACCAUGGUUUCACCCUCGGCGUACUGUUGUUCCCUGCACAACGCCAACCUCGCCUCCUGGCGUCCACCCUACGGUCCCCUCGUUCCCCCCAUUUUGAAUCUUGAUGGCGGUUUGCCCACGCUGCGUGACCUGCCGCCGCCCACCGUGCCGCACAUUUCAGACGAGGACCCCAAAUCGGGACCCAGUAGCGGCCCCCUGGCAGACAGCCUGGGCUUCAAAGUAGAUCAGCAUAACAAGCCUGUUUACAAGGGCUGGAUGAAUGAGGUGGGUCGCCGAACGACUGCGCUUACGCCUAUUAGUUAUCUUUUUUUAAUGCCAAGUUAUCAUCCUGCUACUUCACGUCCUCCCUAUACCUUCACUUCCUCCCACAAAGCAUCUCUUCUGUCUGCCAUGCCUUUGUUGAGGAAAUCCAAUAAGUUUAUAAUUGCAUAA